CCAAAAAAGUACAUUUAACAAACCUUUAAUGUUAUUUUUUUCAGGGGAAAGCCUAAAAAUGUCGUUAGAAGAUCCUUUUUUCGUUGUGAAAGAUGAGGUGACUAAGGCGCUGGAAAAGACAAGAGAUCUGUUCGCCAGGUGGAGAGGGUGGGGAGAGGGUGGAGCAGAACACAGAUCUAAUGAGGAAGAGGAGUGGACUAUCACAGAGCUAAAGAACUCUUUGAGAUCUAUAGAAUGGGAUUUAGAGGACCUGGAGGAUACGGUUCAGAUUGUAGAGAAGAAUCCGACCAAGUUCCGGAUUGACAGCGGAGAGUUGGCAGUUAGGAAAGGAUUUAUUGAAUCAACGAAGGAAGAAGUUAAACAGAUGAAACAACAAAUAAAUUCUCCAGAAAAUCAUGUACAGUUGGGGGUAUAUAUUAUUAUAUUUAGAGAAUAUAUUGUCGGGUUGGAGCAGCAAAAUCUCACUAUAAGACGGCAGGAAGAGACAAUAGAUAUGAUGAGUGGAUCUAUGGGCACUAUUAGGGAAAUGUCGCAUCAUAUUUCGAAUGAACUGGACGAGCAAGCAGUGAUGCUGGAUGAGUUUGGUGCUGAGAUAGAGCAUGCUGACAGUAGGCUUGAUGCUACAAUGAAGAAAAUGUCAAAAGUUCUUCAUCUAUCAAACGAUCGGCGACAAUGGAUGGCAAUUGGAACAAUUUCAAGCGCAAUUAUUCUUGUUCUUCUUCUUCUCUUCGUGCUCUAGAGUUCUUCCAGUUCUAGAUUCAUUUCUUCCGCUGAUGCCUCCUUUUCUUAAUUUUGUUUUUUAAUUCUUUUCCUUUAUUUUUCCUGUCAUUUCCCCCCCCCCAUCAUCGUACUAGAAAUGUUUCCUUGUGUUUAAUUCUUUAUUCAUUUAUUUAUACUUUUUUAUCUUCCAUUUUUCUUCCAUACUCCAUUCUAUUCCUUGAUAUUCAAUUUCCAUUCUCCAAUCUCAUCCUUUAUUUUCUUUACAUUAUCCAUUCUUGAUACUUUAUUUUUUUACCCCGAUCCUCCAGUUUGUAACCUUGACUGUUUUUUUUACCUCCAUCCUCCAAUUUGCUACCUCCAACUUUCAUUUUUUAGCCUCCAUCCUUCAUUAAUUUGUUAACCUCCAUCCAUCGCUUAACACUUUUCUUCCAUUCUCCGGUCCUUUAACAUUUAACGCCCAUGCUCCAUCCUCCAUUAUAAUUUAUAAACCCUCCUUCCUUUCCUCCAUUUUCCUACACUCUCCAAGCUCAAUCCUUGAUUUCCUCUAGCAAUUAAUAAAAGCAAGUUGUACUGCAUAUAUUAAUGUAAACAAGUUGUAGUGCAUAUAUUAAUGUAAACUGAGGUAUACACUUGGAACAACCACCACUAGUUCAUCCAAUCUAAUCUUAUGUUUAAAGGGACUGUUCACGUAAUUUCAAAUCAACUUCAAGUUCUAGAGUGGUAUUUCCGAUUGACAAUGUUACCCUUUAAACCUUAUUCUGAUCUAAGAUGACAGAGAUAUAUUUAUUUUUCUAGCAAAAAAUUGAGUGCCAGAAAACACAUACUAGUUCCUUAAAUAAUUAUUUAUAAUAUUUGUAGUGUUUACUGUUCUUUGUAUUUGUCAAGUAAUAAUUAUGAUUUUAGUCAAAACAAUUUAAUAAUAACACAUUCUUAAU